UGGCGACACCGGGAUGGCGGUCGAGGGAUUGGGAGAGAAAAUUAACAUGACCUUGGAUUUCCUUUACUAAUGUGUUAUCGCAAUGAUUUGCAGCUGAGAGCUGAUCAACACUAUCGGCCAGAAUGCAGCAGGUUCAUCACUGCAAGCAACUCCUUGACCAGCUCCAACAGCAGCGCCUUGAUGGCUUUUUGUGUGAUUGUACUGUUGUCAUUGGCCAGUUGCAGUUCCGAGCCCACCGAAAUGUUUUAGCUGCGUUCAGCAACUAUUUCCGAUCUGUUUACGGGCUCAGUCUAGACAAUAAUGUUGUGUUUCUCGAUCACAACCACGUCAGCUCUGAUGGGUUUCAAAAGAUCCUGGAUUUUAUAUACACUGGAAACAUGAAUAUCGAUGGAUGUAAUGUCGCUGCAAUAGAGGCUGCUGCUGGUUACCUGCAGAUGGAAGAUGUGGUGAAAAUAUGUAAAGUAAAAAUGGAAUCACCUGUGAUUAAUUUGAACACUGUCUCUAAAGCAGCAUCUGGCAUACCGGGGAACAUAGAGCUAAGCAGCUGCUUCACCUCUACAGGGACAGAGAAGGACAUUGUUCAGGAAGGAUCUGGAACAAUGGUCAGCUGUGAAGAAAAGUUGCUAAAUACUCCAGAUUUCAGCCUUCAUCUCAAAUCGGAAGAACUGCAGAUGCAGCCAGCAAAUGCAAACACUGUGUCAGGAACCAGAGGCCAGAAACCAAAGGCUGACCACAAUUCUGUGCUGCCAGUGAGAGGUAUCAGUCCCAAAAACAUGCUCAAGUGUACUAAGAUGAAACGAAAGAGUGGCUGUGCUGUGAGAAGGGUGGAGAGGAGAAUACGCAGUGAAAGUACAGUACAGUUAGACACAGUCAGCUCUGCCCUCCAGCCUAACAAAGACUCUCAAUCAGCUUUGUUUAAUAACUACAAAAAUUCUUUAGCAGAGAAUAAGAUUAUUCAGAAAACAAACAGGAAACAGAGACGGAGAUGCUCUCAGCGGCAAGAAUCUGUAGGAGAAAGGAGCAAAUCAAAGCUGAUAACUGGAGGAAGUGGUGUAAGGCUGGUGGAGCCAGGGAAUACUGACAUGAAGCAGCUGAAAAUGAAGCCAAUUUGCAACAUUUGUGGCAAAGUAUUCUCUGAGGCUAGCAGUCUGCGCCGACACAUGAGAAUUCACAAAGGACUAAAACCUUAUGUCUGCCAACUUUGUGCAAAGGCUUUCACGCAGUGUAACCAGCUCAAGACCCACAUCAGGACCCACACAGGUGAGAAGCCCUAUCAGUGUGACAUGUGCGAUAAAAGCUUUGCCCAGAAAUGCCAGCUAGUCUUCCACAAUCGCAUGCACCAUGGUGAGGAGAAGCCAUAUGCUUGUGACGUCUGCAGCCUUCAGUUUGCUACUUCCAGUAACCUGAAAAUUCAUGCCAGGAAGCACAGUGGAGAGAAACCAUAUGUGUGUGACCGGUGUGGCCAGCGCUUUGCUCAGGCCAGCACUCUUACGUACCAUGUGCGACGUCACACAGGAGAGAAACCUUACAUCUGCGACACGUGUGGAAAGGCAUUUGCUGUUUCAAGUUCACUCAUCACACAUGCACGGAAACAUACUGGCGAGAAGCCAUAUAGUUGCCGGACAUGUAAUAAAAGUUUCAUCUCUUCAGGAGAGCUGAAUAAACACAGCCGAUCACACACUGGUGAAAAACCUUUUGUCUGUGAAUUAUGUGGAAAUUCAUACUCUGAUGUGAAGAAUUUAAAGAAACAUAGCAGUAAAGCUCAUGAUGCUGUAAAGAGGACCAAUAGUAAUGACCACGAGACAGACUUUGUUGACCGUGAAUCACAGGAUUCCAUGGAGCUGAAACCCUCUGAUCUACCCAUCCCACUUGCUGUUGCCAUGGGUGCGGAUCAGCAACAAAUGAUGUUGACUGUGGGCGAGGGCUCGUCUUUAUCCAGUGAACAGUUGUUACGGCCAUCGGUGUCCUCUUACUCUGAAACGCAACUCAUCUUCCUGCAACAAUUAUACUGAGAGGAUCACAGCACAUUGACAGGAGGGGACCUCAGGUCAUUGAGGGUCAGAGGGGAGCUCAGGUCGCUGAAGGUUCAUCGAGAGUUAGAGGGGUACUUGCUCACCAAGUGUUAAGGAGGAGUCAGGGGUUCUCAACUAACCAAGGUGUGAGAGAAGGAUCUCCAUGGAGUUAAAGGGGAAUACUGAGCUCACUGAGAGGACAGAAUCACAGCUUCUGGGUGAGAAAGGGAAUCUCAGCUCACUGACGGAGAGAGGGAGGGAUACUCGGCUCACUGACAGAUGGAGAUGAGCCAGGGUGUGUUUGGGAACACAGUUGUUUGCCUGUCAACUGAGAUAUGAGCUAUGAAGCAUGAAGUAUCUAGACUCCUCACUCCCCAGGGUUUGCUGCUGCAUUACUGCUGCCCACAGAUAUUGACAAUGUAGAUCCAUGUAUUUAUUUCCACGUUUUUUAGAAUAUUAGUCAUAGCAAAGCCUGUGCUGUUCACACGCUGGAAUCAUGGUAACAAGCAUGUUAUUUUGUUCCUGGGAUGAAUAUUUCUGUCUACUGGCCAAUCAGAAUGUUUGUGUCUGAUCAUGAUUUACUUGCCUCAGGUCUUGGGCAUGUUGCCAUUAUUGAGGAGCUGUACAGCCAUAUUUCAAGGUAUCUGUUUACUGUGAGUCUGUUAUCUGGUGCUGUAUUUAUAGUCAGUAUUCCCCAUCGGUAUGGUUACAUGAAGGUAGAGCACCCCUUUUUUUUUAAUCCAUCUCUCGCUAAUAUUAAUCCAUCAGCUCAACCAGCCCACUGCACACUAACUAUGGGUCUAUGUUUGCUCCUUGUUAAAUUCUCUGUAUCAGAGAUUUCCUUAAUUAUUUGAAUCAGUCUUCCAACAGUGUCACCCUUACCCUUUUGUGGAUUAGAAGGAGCUUUACCCAACCUGUAUUCUGCCUUGAUAGUUUGGUGGGGACAGUGUACAAAAUUCUUUACUCUCUAAAUAACCCCAUGCCGUACCUCUCCUGGGAAUGUUUGGAGACAAUGUAGAAGAAUUAGAUUAGAUUACUUAGUGUGGAAACAGGCCCUUCGGCCCAACAAGUCCACACCGACCUUCUGAAGAGGAACUCGCCCAAAUCCAUUCCCCUACAUUUACCCCUUCACCUAACACUAUGGGCAAUUUUGCAUGUCCAAUUCACCUACCCUGCACAUUUUUUGGACUGUGGGAGGAAACCAGAGCACCCGGAGGAAACCCACGCGGAUAUGGGGAGAACGUGCAAACUCCACACAGACAGUUGCGUGAGGCGGGAAUUGAACCUGGGUCUCUGGCGCUGUGAGGCAGCAGUGCUAACCACUGUGCCACCGUGUCGCCCAAUCUUGACUUUGUUUACAAAAGUAGAGGGAGCUUUACUUUCAGUAUAAAAGAAUAGGGGGAAAUUUACUAUGUGACCCCUGUUCUAUACCUACCCUGAGAGUGUAUGAUGGGGACAGUGUACAGGAAGCUUUAGAUGUUUUCUAAUUCACAUGUUAUUACACACUUCUGGAGCAGGUGGGACUUGAACCUAGGCCUUCUGGCUCAGAAGAAGGAACAAUAUAGGGAGCUUUACUCUGUAUUUAACCCUAUGCUAUCCUUGUCCUGGGAGUGUUUGGAGGAUAAUGUAGAGGAAGUUUUACUCUCUAUCUAAUCCUAACUCUACUUGGGAAUGUUUUAUGGAGAGAGUAGAAGGAAUUUUACUCUGUAACUUAUUGGGAGGGCAAAGGUUUUAACGGGCUUGAAAUUUGAUGUCCUAUGCCCAGAAGAGGUUAAUCCCAGGCUGUUGUGAGAGGCAAGGGAGGAGACUUCUUAUACCUUGAUAUUAAUUUUCAAAUCCUUUCUGGCUGUAGAAGAGGUGCCAGAGGACUGGGAGGACAGCUAAUAUGCUAACAUUACUCAUGAAGUUAAAAAUCGUACAAUACCAGGUUAUAGUCCAACGGGUUUAAACGGAAGCACACUAGCUUUCGGAGCACCGCUCCUUCAUCAGGUGGUUGUGGAGGACACAAUUGUAAGACGCAGAAUUUAUAGCAAAAGUUUAAAGUGUGAUGUACCUGAAAUUAUACAUUGAAAAAUGCCUUUAUUGUUUGUUGAGGCUUUCAUCUGUUCGAAUACCAUAAUAGGUGUGACACACAUACACAAAGACCCACAUGCACACACAUACGUGUACGUUUGUGGGGUAAAUUUGUACUUGCAGAGUUACAUUGUACUUUACUCAAAAACUGCAUGAAUUCAUGUAAAACUCUGUUAUCUCACUUUUUAGAUUAGAAUCAGUUGAAACAUUAUGGCACAGACACAGAACACAGGGGGCUAACACCUUCAGCAUAUUGUCUGGCGAACACCAAUUGUUACAGUUAACCUGAGAAUGUAACUUUUUUUUACACAUGAAAGAAGUGAAACUAUCAUGGUAUUCGAACAUAUGAAAGACUCAACAGUCAAGGUAUUUUUCAAUAAUUUCAGUUACAUCACACUGUAAACUUUUGCUAUAAAUUCAGUGUCUUACAAUUGUGUCCUCCUGAUAAGUGGUGCUCUGAAAGCUGGUGCUUCCAAUUAAACCUGUUGGACUAUAACCUGGUGUUGUGUGAUUUUUAACUUUGUACACCCCAGUUCAACACAGGCAUCUCCAAAUUAUUCAUGAAGGUAUACUGAUAAACCGGGGAAUUAAAGACCAGUGGUAGGGAAGGUUACAAAAUCAUUUGAGGGACAGAAUUAAUCUCUGCUUGGAAAAGCAAUGAUUAAUCAAGGUAGUGAGCAUGGCUUUGUCAAGGGGAGAUGAUGUCAGACAAGUUUGAUUGACCUUUUUGAGGAGAUAACUAGAUGUGUAGAUCAGGGUAGUGCAAUUAUUGUAGUCUACAUAGUCUUCAGGAAUGCAUUCGUCAAGAUGUUGCAUGGGAGACUUGGAGAGAAGGCAAGAACCCUAGGAUCCAUGGCAAUGUGGCAAUUGAAUCUAUAAUUUUUUUUUUGUUCAUGCGAUAAGGGUAUUGCUGGCUAGGCCCACAAUUAUUGCUCCGGGGGCAGCAUCAACCACAUUUGUGUGGGUCUGGAGUCUCGUGUAGGCCUGAUAGGAUAGCAGUUUCCUUUCCUAAAGGACAUAAAUGAAUCAGAUGGGUUUUUCCAACAAUAGACAAUGGAUUCAUGGUCAUCAUGAGAGUCUUAAUUCCAGAUUUUUGUUUCUUAAUUGCAUUUUAUUUCUAAAUUUCACCAUCUGCCAUGGUGAGGUUUGGACCCUGGGUCCCCAUGAUAUUACCUAGAUAUUGGCUGGAUUAACCUCUAAUGAAAAUACCAGGAAGCCAUCGCCACCAUCACUAAAUGACUUAGUGGCAAGAGGCUGUGGACCAGUAACAAUGGGAUUUAGUCCAGAGAAGUGUGAGGUGAUGUGUCUUGGGAGCAGGACCCUAGGAAGUACAGAGGAUGAGGGGGUCCUUAGUAUGUAUGACCACAAUUCUUGAAGGCAACAGACCCGGUUGAUAUGGUGAUUAGAAAGUAUAUGGAAUACUUGCCUUUAUUAAUUGAGGCCUUGAAUACAAAAGCAGAGAGUCUAUGAUGGAGCUGUGUAUAAUGCUGGGCCACAAUUGGAAUAGUGUGUGCAGUUCUGGUCACCAUGCUAUGGAAAGGAUGUGACUGACCUAGAGUGGGUACAGAGGUGAUUCAUCAAGAUGCUGCUUGGCUGGAGCAAUUCAGCUUUGAAAAGAGAUGAUAUCGACUGGUGUUAUUUUCCUCCAGUGGUGGAAAUGAGGACUACAGAUGCUGGAGAUCAGAGUCGAGAAUGUGGUGCUGGAAAAGCACAGCAGGUCAGGCAACAUCCAAGGAGCAGCAGAGUCGACGUUUCGGGCAAAAGCCCUUCAUCAGGAAUUAUUAUUAUUUUCCUACAGAGCAGAGAAAGCUGAAUAAAUCUAUGUUUUGAGGUGUACGAAAUUGAGGGACAGUGGUAGGAUAAAUGGCAAGAAAUGUUUCCCUGUACAAGAUGAGUCAGUAAGAGGGGGCCAGAUUUAAAAUUAGGACAGCAUGGGAUUGAAAGUAUUUAAUGAGCUCUCAAAAUGUGAGAGCAUACAAGACUGCAGUUCAAGUGCGAGACAAAGAAACUACCGUAGAUAGGUGCUUGAUGAUAGGGAGGUGUAACUUAUCACAUCCAUGCUUAUUUUCAUUCUGUACAGGCUACAGUCCC